UUGACAGCUACUUAUUUGCCUCUAUUUUAUUGACGCUGGUAGUUUUCAGGGCGUUGCCAAGAUGGCUCAACCAGAGGACCUGAAUAUCAGCUCUGUCCCAAUCGAUGGAAUCAGCACCAUGAGAAUUACGUCGAUUUGGACUUUUCUGCUCUCUAUCGAGUGGUCCGAAUUCUGGCUGGUCGGACUCAUGGCGUUUCACGCUCUGUGUUUCCUUAUAACGCUCGUGACGAUUAGGUUUUAUCGAGUACAGAUCUGUCACUUUCUGCUAAUGGUUGGAAUGGUAUACUCUGCAGAAUACCUGAAUGAGGUCGCAGCCCUGAACUGGAGAUUGUUCUCCAAGUAUCAGUAUUUUGACUCUAAAGGAAUGUUCAUCUCAUUGGUGCUCUCUGCUCCUCUGCUCUUCAACUCUGUCCUUAUUGUGAUGGUGUGGGUUUAUAGGACAUUUGCAACUAUGAUAGAGCUGAAAUCACUACAGCUGAAGAGGAAGGCAAUAAGGCAAAACGGAAAGAAAACUGAAUGACUUCUGAGGAUCAAGGAGUUAUACUCUGAACUCUGCAGUUGGGCCAAAGGCAUACUAUUUUAUAUGUUUACCUAACAAGGCCUAACUCAUGCUCAGGGGAGGUGAGUGUAAAUUGGUGGAACAUUAACAUUUCAUCAGGAAGUAUACCUGUUAAAACAUUUGAUUUUAACAGCUAUACUUCCUGAUCAUGAUGAUGUAAAUGCUAAUUAUUUCAUAGAAAAUAACAGCUAAUAAUUACACAGAAAAUACAGCUUGA